AUGGGACGAGACAAGGCGAGUGGGCACAGGAUCGACUACGUGCUCCUCGAGACGUCUCAAGAACACGCUCCUCCACGCCAUGCGUGCGGCCCACUUUCCAAACAUUUUACCACUUGUUGUGCUCCACUCGUCUGUCGUCCCACUCAUUCCCCCAUCACGCCCCUCUCACCACGCCCCUCUCACCACGCCCCUCUCACCACGCCCCUCUCACCGCGCCCCUCUCACCGCGCCCCUCUCACCGCGCCCCUCUCACCGCGCCCCUCUCACCGCGCCCCUCUCACCGCGCCCCUCUCACCGCGCCCCUCUCACCGCGCCCCUCUCACCACGCCCCUCUCACCGCGCCCUAAAUCAGAGCAUUGGAGUACCGCAAGAAGGAGAGCCCCGAGCAGCUCGCCAAGUGGGUGGAGGAGCGGCGCCGCAACUUCCCCACCGCCGCCAACCUGCAGCGCAAGGUGCCUCCCUGCUCUGUGGAGGGGUGGUCGGGGGAAUGGGGGAGGAUUCAAGGGGCUGGGGGCUGGGAGGGUGUCAGGUGGGGACGUGAAAGGGAAUGCGUGGAAGGUUUCCCCUUCCAUUCCUCUCCCUCCCGCUCACUCUCUCUCCCUCGCUUUCCCUCCCUCUACCUCCCUCCCCCUUCCGCUCCCUCCCUCUCCCGCCCUCUUCCUCCCUCCCCCUCCUUCCCCCUCCCUCUCCCGCCCUCUCCCUCCCUCUCCCUCCCUCCCCCUCCCUCUCCCCCCCUCUCCCUCCCUCUCCCUCCCUCUCUCUCCCUCUCACUCCCUCUCCCACCCUCGCUCCCUCUCUUACCCUCUCCCGCCCCACCCUCUCCCGCCCUCUCCCUCCCUCUCUCUCCCUCUCCCUCCCUCCCUCCGUCUCCCUCCCUCUCCCGCUCUCUCCCGCCCACUCCCUCCCUCCCUCUCCCUUCCUCUCCCUCUCCCUCCCUCCACCUCCUUUCCGCUCCUGCCCCUCCCCUCCUCUCCUCCUCUCCCUUCCUCUGUCCUCCUUACCCCUCCUCCCCCCUCCUCUUCCCUCACUCUCCCCGCCUCUAUCCUCCUCUCCGCUGCUCUUUAUUCAUCCGCCUUCCCUUCUUUCCCAUUGCUUUCUUCCCCCUCCGCAUUGCCACUCGGUCUUUCCCAGCCAUUCCCUUCCUCUCCCCUUCUUGCUCUGUUUCUUUUCAGCCUGCCCCUUCCCCUCCCGCACCCGCGCUGCUCUCAAAAUCCCUGCAUCUCACUUUCCCCCAUGCGCGUUUUUGUUCUGUCCGACCGUAUUUUCCAGCGGCUAAGGGAGGUACUGGCCCUCCAGGCCAAUCUGGGACUUCCCAUCUGUGAAGUGCCCACGCACCUCCUGCGUGACAACUCGGAGAGGGGAGGCAGGGGGAGGGGAGGCGGGAGAGAGGGUUGGGAGGAGAGAGGGGGGCGAGGGGGGCGUGGGUGGCGGGAGGAGUGGAGGAGGAGGGGGAGUGGAGGGAUGGGUAUGCAAGGCCGGGGGCACUGUGUGUGGGAGUGGGUGAGGAUAAGUAAUGAGGACGAGGAAGGAGGGAGGUGUGAUAUGAAGGAGAUAAGCACGGUUAGAAAUGGGAGUGGGCAGGAGGAGGGUGGGGCUAAUAUGGAGGAGAAAGAGGGAACUGAACGACUGGGGAAUGGGGAGGAAGAGGAAGGUAAACUGGGGGAAGUCGAGGGAGGAGAGGUUGGGUUGGAUGGGGAGGGAGAAGGGGGGUUGGGUGAGGGAGAAAGGGCAACAAAGGUUUUGCGAGUGAAUGGUACUGUGGAUGUCAGCAGUGCUGCUGCUGCUGCUGGCGAUGCUGCUGCUGGUGCUGCUGAUGAGCUGGGCAACGGAAACAAGAAGGAAGGGGAUUUGCUAGGGGGGUCGGAUGACGAGAGUUUUGGGACUGCCGAGGGGAGUGGUGAUAUAGCAGAGCCGCAUGAUGGAGUCGGUGAUGGAGUGGGUGAUGGUGAAGCAUUCGCAGUGCAAGAGGCAGUCGGAGUGGAGGACGAGGUUGGCAUGGGCGCAGAGGAAGAGGAAGAGGAGGAGGAGGAGGAGGAGAAGGAGGAGGAAGCGGGAGUGGGGAAAGGAGAAGAAGGUGUAGGUGGAGGAGUGGUGGUUGCAGGUGGCGGUGUGAGGAAGGAUGGUUGCAUUGGACCGGUGUCAGCGGCAGCAGCCACAUCAAGGGCAGCAGGGGCAGCAGGGAUAAUGGAAGCAAGUGGGACAGGCAAGGUGGCAGAGGUGGGGCAGCCAGUGGAGGAGGAGAUGGUGGAGGAGGCAACAGCACCACCUGGUGAUGGUGACGGUGCUGCUCCAACACCCACUGCUGCACCUACAGCUGCUGCUGGGCUUGCUGCUGCAGGCAAGGCAGCUCCUGCCUUGACAGCUGAGCCGACGGGGGUCCACACUGACAGCCGCUUUUCCGCGCAGCAGGCUGUGCGGUCUUCCACAAAGCGCGUGUGCGCUUUCUUCCUGCGCGGGCACUGCAAGAAGGGCGCUCGCUGCACCUUUGCCCAUGUCGCUGACCAGGACUGGCAGCAGCACACACAGUGGGACGAGCAGGGGCAGGGGCAGCAGGGCGGGUGGGCAAACCAAGGGCAGGAGAGGAGCCAGAUGAGCCAUGGCAAUCACGGUAACCGGGACAACCAAGGGGAUUUUCGGUCGCCGAGCCUGCUGGCGAGGCUGCUGGAGAAGGAGGUUCGGCGGGAGCGGAGCCAUGUGCUGCAGGUGGUGCGGCUGGUGGUGAAUAAUGACUUUUUGCUCGCCCACCCCUACAAGCCCCUGCAGCUCUUCCCCUGGGCGCGUGAUGAGGGCCCGCAGGGGCAGGGGGAGACGGAGGGCGAGGGGAAGGAAGAGGGGCAGGAUCAGGUGUAA